AUGUCUUGCUACGACCUGUGCCCCACCACCAGCUGCGGCAUUGCCUGCCCCCAGCCCAUCGCUGACAGCUGCAACGAGCCGUGCGUCCGGCAGUGCCCUGACUCAACAACUGUGAUCCAGCCGCCUCCCGUGGUCGUCACCUUCCCCGGCCCCAUCCUCAGCUCCUUCCCCCAGAGUUCAGUUGUGGGCUCCUCUGGAGCACCCGUCCUUGCAGCCUCCCUGGGUUACGGGGGCUCCUCCCUGGGCUCUGGGGGUCUCUAUGGCUAUGGAGGCUCCUCCCUGGGCUCUGGGGGUCUCUAUGGCUAUGGAGGCUCCUCCCUGGGCUCUGGGGGUCUCUAUGGCUAUGGAGGCUCCUCCCUGGGCUCUGGGGGUCUCUAUGGCUAUGGAGGCUCCUCCCUGGGUUACAGGGGUCUCUACGGCUAUGGAAGAUCCUAUGGGGCUGGAUACUGCAGCCCUUUCUCCUACCGGUACAGCAGGUACCGCCGUGGAAGCUGCGGGCCUUGCUAAAUCCUGCAGAAAUAACCCCUGAGUGAGGAAUAACUG